AUGGCUGAAGCAUUAAAGACUGUCAUCUCCCAGAGUACAGAGUGUCUAGUAUGUCUUUUUACUUUCACCGAUCCCAAGUUCCUGUCUUGUUCUCACACUUUCUGCAAGACUUGUCUGGGCAACCUCUUAGAGUGUCACGGUAACUGCCAGAUCCGAUGCCCUGUCUGCAGAGCUGUGACCCAGGUCCCAAACGAAGAUGUUGGCAAACUACAGGUAAAUCUUGCUUUGAAGAGUCUGAUAGAGGAUAUGGAGGGCCAUCCUCAGAUUUGCACGAAUUGUAAAUCAAAUGACAAGCCCCAUGCUGCUGUCUACUGCCAAGACUGUGGCAAGUAUCUUUGCACCUCUUGUCUUAAUAAGCACUCUCAGUGGGAAGACUUUAUCGAUCAUGAAGUCAUUGCCAUGAGUGAGAUCUCAUCAGGGAAGGUGUCUGUACGUAGAUACCGGAAAUGCAGGAAACACCCGAAAGAAGACGAGGAUUACUUCUGUUCCACCUGCAGGAGAUUCACAUGCUUCAGAUGUGGUGUGAUGGAACAUAAAGACGAGGGACACCAGGUCGUUGAGGGAGCUGCUUAUGAGGACAAACACGUGAAGAUCAUCGGAGACCUGAAAUCAAAGGUUGACAAGCAACAGUCAUGCUUUCAGAAGUACAUUGAUUUCAUAGAUGAACAGACCAAGAGUGUUGACAAUGCCAAGAAACAGUGCACAAGUGACAUCAACAAAGCAUAUGAUGAUGUAGUCCGGCAGUUGUCAGAGAAGAGAGAAAGCUUACUAAGAGAAGUCAAGGAAACGACUGAAGGAGUAAAGAAAGAACUGGAAAGCAUGAAGACCACGGCUCAGAAGCACACCAAUCGGUUGGCGACCAUGGCUGAAAUGGUGAUUAACAAAACAAAGAUUCCAUUAGAUAUGGAUACUUUGGCUUCACAGGACACUCUGUGUGAAGAGUUACGAGAGGUCUGUGAUCAAGAGGAUCCUGACUACGAGCAGCCGAAGAAAUCGGGCAUAAAGGGGAAAAGUGUCAAGUUCAAGAGAAAUGUUGGAGAUGAUGAGCUAGGCCUUGGAAAGAUUGUUAAUGUAGUUAAAAGAAAGAUCGCCUUACCCACUAAGAGUAGCAUGAAUGUCAUGGUUAGUACACCAGACGGUAGGAUGGCAGUAGGAUGUAGUACAGGUGGCAUCUCCAUCUUCUCUUCUGAUGGUCAGCUUCAGCAGACAGUUCUUAAGGAUGUUAAGAUUGAUGGGGUAGGGUUCCUCUCUGAUGGUCGAUGCGUUGUGAUGGAUAUUUCACACAACAUCACACUAUACACACCAGAGUACAAAAAAUUGAAUGUAAUGUUUAAGACUCUGAGUGAAGAGGAAGAUUGGAUUGCUAAUCUCACGAUUGAUGGUGAUGAUCUGAUCUAUGUGAGCUACUGGGGAGCCUGCAAGAUCAAGGUAUUUCAAGCAUCAGGUGGGCAAGCAGUCAGGGAGAUACCAUGCAACGGGUAUGAACCAGAGCAAAUCACUAGUUACCAUGGUUCUCUGAUCACUUCAUCAGAUGAUACUAUCAGAUUGAUAGACAAACAGGAUGUUGUACAACAUGAAUUAAACAAACCGGGUAGUCUCCUUUAUGCUGCUGUAUCUCAAUGGGAUACAAUCCUGAUAGCCAAGGUGGAGCAUGAUGAAGGUUUGGUGAGCAUUGACGAGUAUACAAAUGAACUAAGGCACAUUCGAAACCUUGUGAAUGAUUACAAGAUUGAGAAGUCUGGGAUAUAUCGUUAUUACCUCCAGCAGUACCGAUCAGGAGAGAUCGCUUUUUGCACUUCGGAUAGACUCUAUAUAUUCCGCUUAAAAUAAUUGAUGACAUGAUAUCAUAAUUAUUAUCGCAGAAGAUGGGGGGGGGGGGGUGAGACCCACUGAGUUGCCAUUUUCUGCUAAAGUAAGCUGCUAUAAUGUAGAAAUACAUGAAACAAUUGUUGGAUCAUUUCUUUCUCGUUUCUCACCCA